AUGUCCAUUCCCGACGAACCUAAUGUGUCAAUUCACACAACACCUAAUCUUUAUACUGUCUACAUACUACAACUGAUUCCGAAGCCUAGAAGCAUUUAUAUUGGAUCUAGCCCAGACCCGAUUCGUAGACUUCGUCAGCAUAAUGGAGAACUCAAAGCAGGUGCUUAUCGUACGCUGAGGGAUAAUUUCAGACCGUGGAAACAACUAUGUAUAAUUCACGGGUUCCCUUCAAAGAUUGCUGCUCUACAGUUUGAACAUGCAUUGCAACAUCCGUACCAAACAAGGCAUAUAUCCGUUGACAAGCGAGUAUCUACUCUGAAAACCAAUGGGAUAUCCGUUCAUCAUAAAUUGGGAAAUGUCCGUUUAUUGAUAAGCUCAACCUUCUUUAGGAAGUUUGACUUGAAAGUGUGUAUGUUGGAUCCACAUGCAAGAGACAUUUGGGUUCAGAAUAAGUUUGUAAUCAAUAUAGAGAAUGACUGGACCUUUCUGGACAGUAUUCUAGACUAUUUGCGGAGUUAUUCUUUGAAAAAGAAAAAUGAAAUAGGUAUAUUUGAAAAGACUAAAGAGCGAAUACUCCAAUGCCCCAUUGAUUGUGCCCUCUGUGAAGUUCCUAUAAACUAUUUGGAGGAACAACCGGACUGCCUGAUUGGGAGUAAGGCAGAAUUGGAUUCAUUGCUUGAUGGGAAAAAAUUACCUUUAAUUGCUAUGCUAUCUUGUCAGUGCCAGCUUCUUGCACACUUGACAUGCUGGGGCAAUAGAUCUGGAGUCACUUCGGACUCAAUAAUACCCAAAGCUAUAGAGUGUCCAGCUUGCAGUUACCUGACCAACUGGAUUGCGUUGGUAAGAAAUGCUACAAAAUUACGAGAGUAUAUGCUAAAAGAUAUUGUUAAGUAG